AUGGGAAGUAUUUUCGUUUGCGACGGUUGCUCCCCUCCUAAGAAUGACAUCGAAUGGAUGAUUGAAAAGAGCGGAGGAGCGGUAACAAAUGAUCCAUGCGAAUGUGCUGUGGUUGUAGCCCCUUCCGAUCACACCCUGGAAAUACUUUGCUCAUCGGAUCUGGAGCUUCCUCCGCCCGUGGUUGUGGAGAAGUACAUUCUAGACUGCAUCAGUGAAAACACGCUACUUGACCUCGAAGACUAUAUGGAACAUGAUGUCGAUAUUGAUGACGAAGAUUCCAAAAAGUAUGUUCCGAGACGCUUAGCUCAUGCUUCAUGUGGUGGUGACAGACAAGCAAACGUUACAUUUAUACACGCUCAACUUGUGCUUCGAAUGUGGCGAGAUGGCUAA